AUGUGUAAGAGUUUUGAUGAUUACAAUCUUCCUAUGGUAGAUGUAGAUGCCAAUUUUCAAUCUAGAGAAUUCCAUGAGGUACAAGAGGAGUGCUUUAUAGUUGUGGAAGACGAACACUUGCGUCCGAGACUCUCUCAAUUUGACAAGAAAUACGCAUAUGAUGUGAUCAUGAGGCACGUAGACAAUGAUUGUCCGGGAGUGUUUUUUAUAGAUGGUCUGGCUGGAACCGGGAAAACAUUUUUGUACAAAACUUUGCUUGCCAACAUCCAUUCUGGUGGUCUCAUUGCUCUUGCAACCGCUUCUUCAGGUGUUGUUGCCAAUAAUAUGCCAAGAGGGAGAACAACCCACUCUCAAUUCAAGAUUCCUCUCAACCUUGAUAAUAACUCAAUGUAUAACAUAAAAAAAACAAAGCAUGACUGCUCAAUUGAUUCAAGAUGCAAAAAUAAUCUUUUGGGACGAAUCAUCGAUGGCAAAGAAGCAGAUAGUGGAGGUGCUCGAUCGAACAAUGCAAGACAUCAUAGGAGUGACACUCCGAUUUGGCAGGGAGAUAAAGGGAAUGGGGGUGAUUUUAGACUAGUCUUAUCGGUCGUGACACGUGGAACCCGAGCACAGAUUAUAGAUUCUAGCCUAUGGAUGUCAUCUCUUUGGUCAAAGAUUAAAAAGAUACAUUUUAACUCUAUCAGACCAUUAACUGAUCCUUUGUUUUCAGAUUUACUAUUAAGAGUCGGUGAUGGAGAUGAAGAAACACUAGACGAAAGAUUUAUCCACAUACCCGAUGACAUGAGCGUUCUAUAUACUGAUAAAGUUAAUUCAAAAGAUACUUUGAUUGAUGCAACCUUUCUGUCUCUACAAAUCAACGGAGCUGAUUCUAAUUAUAUCAUUUUGAGAGCGAUAUUAUCAACUAAAAAUGAGAAUGUUGAUGAGAUAAAUGAUCAAUUGAUUGACAAGUUUUGCAGAGAUGAAAAAAUAUACUACAGUUUUGACGAAGUAGAAGAUGAUAAGAAUAAAUCUAUCUGA